AAUAUCGUAAAAUAAUCAAACGGCUCCUGUUAUUUGAUCGUGAUAGUCCGUUAAUAAAGAAAACAAUUAUAAAAAAUAGUGUGCAUAUUUUUGUGAAGUAAAUUAUCAAACUUGAAAAAGGAAAAAAAUAACCAAUAAAUGCGUAAUUAAUGAUAAAAUAUCUGUGAUAAUUGCAAAUUCGAAAUGCAUUUUAAAUUAUUUUUAAGUUUAUUUGUUAACGUGGUAGUUAUUAAUUUAGUAAAAGGGUCGAUAGUGUUGCCGGUACGAAAUGAAGCGUUUAAUAAAGAUCUUUAUGAAGAAGUGCUGGAUGCAGAAUUAUGUGAUCAACAAAUACAAAUUAUUAGAAAUAACACUUUGAUAUCCUUGUUUUUCGCGGACGCCGGCAUGAGGGUACCCAGAGGAUUUCUAGAAGGAAACACUAUGGACAUGGGCAAUUACCACCAAUGUAUUGGCUUGAACCAAAAUAUAGCAGAUACUGAAUUACAAGGAAAAUACUGCAUGAUACGAGUACCUUUAAAUCAGACAUUCGUUACACCAUGGAUGAAUUCUGAGACGAAUUUCAACCCUAAUAACCUACGCUUGGACGGUGAAACGAUAAAGAGUUUGAGAGAAUUUUAUGCUAUGAAAAAUGGAAUGAAUGCCUUGACUGGUGCUGUUGAUGUUGAUAGGCUAGCACCAAACAACCCGUUGGCGUCGCUUACAUUCCGGCUAGCCGUCUGUGUCCCCAAGCCUUGCACAACGGAACAAGCGAUCAACUCUUUCGCAUUCAACAUGACUGCUGUAGGCUUCCAAUAUGAUGAUGAUUUCUGCCGUCUGCCUGAUGAUAAACCUUGGGUACCUGGUGAUACAGUCAUUGUAGUGCUCUUCUCUAUAAUUGGACUACUAACUGUAGUAAGCACAUCCUACGAUAUAUGGCACACAAUUAUUUUGGAAAAAGAUCCUAAGACAGUGAGCGUGAUUGGUAGAUGUUUCUCAGUAUACACGAACGGUCGUCGUGUGAUGAAUUUCCAGUCAAGUCCUAAUAGCAUAGAGUGUUUAGAUGGCAUCAGAGCAAUGGCUAUGAUAUGGGUGGUCCUAGGACAUACCUUUUCAUCAGUAGCGUUUUUCCAAAACCCGCUAGAUGCCUUUACGUGGGCAUCAUCAUGGCAAUCAUUAUGGAUCACAUCAGCCACAGUUACAGUGGACACAUUCUUCACAUUGAGUGGUUUUCUAGUCGUAUAUACUGCUCUGGGAAAAUUCAAUUCAAUGCAACUCCUCAAAAACAUCCACUUGUUUUGGCUGAAUCGACUCCUACGUAUGUUUCCUCUAUUGGCUGUGGUUGUGCUCUUUGAAGCUACGUACUUGCACCGCAUGGCUGAUGGCCCUGUAUGGGAGAUGGUGGAGGAUCAAGUCAAUAGAUGCAGAACUUAUUGGUGGUCAACUUUAUUGCAUAUGCAGAAUUAUAUGAAUCCUACUUUUACGUGUGUCGGCCAAACGUGGUACUUAGCCAUAGACGUCCAACUGCAUAUUCUGUCUCCAAUCGUCCUAUUCUGGGUGCUUAUGGGCAAGCAACGAAUCGCAUGGGCAGCAUUACUAUCUGUUUUGGCCGCUGUCCUCACAGCUUCUACUACUUACAUCUUUAUAAAGGAGUUUCCUUCUACUAUGAUGGGGCAACCUGACCGUAUGUUCGACUAUAUAGUCAACUAUUACAUGAACACGUUAACAAGAGCCUCCCCUUUCUUCGUCGGCAUGCUAUUCGGGUAUAUUGUGAAAACUAAGAAAUUGGAAAUGUCAAAGAUUGGAACAGUAUGUUACUGGGCAGCAUGCUUUACGUUAUCAACGUUCAUCAUAUACACGAGUUAUCCUAUCAGCCAAGCUGAUUGGGACAAUCAAGUGGCGGAUAGUCUUUACAACUCCUUUAUACGACCUCUAUGGGGACUUUUUAUUGGAUGCAUGAUUUUUGCAUGUUUUAAUGGUUAUGGAGGUCCUAUAAACUGGUUCCUAUCACUAAGCGUAUGGAAGUUACAAUCUCGAAUGUCGUAUGGUAUAUAUUUGUUCCACUACGGGCUGAUGAAUGCUGUCAACUUUAGCGCUAUUACGCCUCCAUACUUUUCCGUUAAAUCUUAUGUAUUCAAGUUCUUAGCGCACUACUCAUUAUCGUUUGCGGUGACAUUCUUCUUAGUUGUAUUAAUCGAUGCGCCGUGUUCUACGCUCUUCAAGAUUUUAUUAGGAGGAGGUGGUAAGAAGCCCCACAGAAAGGAAAUAGAUGAAGAUCCAACGAAAGAUAUUGAAAAAACUUCGUGAAAUAUAUUGACGACUGGCUACUUGUACAUAGCGAUGUGAUAUUUAUGUAUUCAAGUUAUUUAAUAAAUGAUUUAAUAUUUUUAUAUAAAAUAAAUGUGUCGCAUACCUACUAACACUGGUAUGUGCCCGUGUCAGAAGGGAACGACUUCUUAAUCACCAAAUCUUCAUGACUCAGAUAAAGAACUCAUGUUUUUUCCUCAGCCAUUUUAUUAAAAAAAAAAACAUUAAUAAAAUUUGGUAUAUAAUUUUGAUGAUUACUCGAUAGUUGGUCAAUAGUUUAAUCUGCACUCUGUGGAACUUUAGUGGGAUAGCUGCAAGCCCUUUGCUGGCUAUAAUAAAAAGACUAUCUCAAUAAAAUUGUUUUCAUAAAAUUUUA